UGAAAACGACUGUAAGUAAAGUGAAGCUCUAUAUUAAAGGAAUCGACGAAAUUUACUUUUGAAACAUUUCAUAAAUAAUCGACGACAAAUGACGGCUGUUUUGGUUCUUUUUGGGCUUGGAUUACUGUCGACGUUAAGUAUAAAUGGGCAUCCAUUUCAGAUACGAGAAGUUGACGAAGGCAUAAAAGACGAUCCAGCUGAAGUACUGGUUUCUCACUCGAGGCAAUCAAACAAUGGAAAUGAUGACAAAAUUUCAACAAAUGGUUAUUUUACUUUAACUCCUAGUGUUUUAACUGAUAUUUCAACGAAAAAGACAUCUGAACAACAGACACCUUUGUUGUCAAGUUUAUAUGAAAGUUAUACUAACUUGGCAUCAUCUGAAAAGUCAAAAGCUUCAACACAUAAUGUUAUAAUUAGCGUGGCUACAAGCAUUCAAGUUAACAUCUCAAAAACAACGAAUGAUGUUAAUUUUAGCAUGCUUAUUCAACCAUUCAGUACUGUUGAACUAUCAUCGCCCAAAUCAUCUUCUUUGGAGGUGUAUUCAAACGCUAGUAGAUUAAUGGCUGCUGUUAUCACUGAAAGUAAUUCUUUAUCAGCAGGCAUGAGCACAGACUCUGCAUUCAAUGAUGCUUCUGUAGCAUCCUUAAACAGUUAUUCACCAUCUGCCAUUUCUUCUCUAUUAUCCUCCAGUAUCAAUGUUGAUCAUAUCUCACCUGCAACUGCCCCUUCCAUUACUGAUUUUGAUGUAACUUCUGUACCAGCGAAUAUCUCAAGGAAUGAUUCAAUUGCUCAAGUGCCUACUAGUAGCCUUUUAACCACAGAAUCUUUGGCUGAUGAUCAUACUAAUAUUCCAUCUCUUAUAUCAUAUGUCAAUGAUGAGUUCCCAUCCAUUGAUGAUGGUUUCACCAACACAUCUUUUGUUGCAAAGACAAAUUUGCCAUCUUUAACAACAUCAAAAUUUGACUUAGUCUCCAGUCCUGUCAUAUCUACUGUUGUUGAGUCAUCUGCGGCAUCUUCUACUGCUGAAUUAACUUUGCCAUCCAAAAGUAGCAAAUCAAUUAAAAAAUCUGUUAUUGAAAAGUCAACUGUGUUGAUAGUUGUCAAAAAUACAGCUAUGAGCUGGUCACCUUCUACUAGCACUUUGCCACUGAAACAAUCUACUGAUUUACAAUUCACUGAUUUAUCAUCUGCUGGUUCACUAUCUAGUGGUUUACAAUCUACUGGUACAUCAUCAACUGCUUUUCCUUCUAAAAAUUCUUUUAAAUAUGAAACACCAUCAAAGCCAUCAACUGGUACUAGUUUACCAUCAGUUGGAUCAACCACUAUUAUAACACCAAAUAAACCAUCAUCUGAAAGUUAUGACACUCCUAAACAAGGUAUUCUGCCUCCUACUGAACAUAAAGUUCUGAAAACAAACAAAAUUUCAUCAAAUGAAGUAUCAGAUGAUGACAAUGAGAUAAAAAAAGCUAAUGAAGAUGAAGGGAAAAUGCCACCACCAGAUCAGGGACGUGAAGCAGUUUUGUGGGAUUUUAUUGUACCUGUUGGGAUUGGUACUUUGGCUGCAUUAGUAAUUGCACUUGGCAUGGUGAUGAUGAGAUCGUGUCGUCGCCGAAAACUAAUUAAAGUUCGAUUUGGUGGCAAGCCCAGCCAUCCACGGCUUUUGAACAAUGAUCUCAUAAACUUGCUUGCGGAAUCUGAUGACGAGGAAUAGUGAAUAUCAGUAGUAAAUAUCAGAAUAUCCAGUAUCCAGUUGCAAAAAAUUAUCAGAUCGUGACACCUGAAUAUAUAAUAUGUCUUGUAUACAGUAAAAUAUUUCUAAAUACUUAGUAUUUAAAGCAAGUGUAUAUUUUUUAGUUCUUCAUAUACCUGUUAGGUAAAGCUAAAUUUUGGUGCAGAUCAAUGAUACAGAUAGAGAUACAGGUUUACUUUUCUAUUUAUCAGUUUUAUACUUACGGGACAUGCUUUUAUGCAAAUACUGCAAAUUCUUUAAAUUUGGCGGUAAUUAUUUGUAGCCGGCGCACAAGGGAGGCUUAGUUGACUAACACCGGAAUUUAAAGUUUUUAUUUAAUUUUAAUGUACCUAAUUAGUUUUAUCUAUAAAUUUACAAAUAAAAUAUGAGUCCCGACAAAAAA